UCGCUCCGCUUCUCUCCGCACGUGUCUCCGCACGCGCCAUCUGUAGAGGUUUCGGGGUUCCCCGACCGUAAUUAUUUCCAUAUCCAAGUCGCAUCGUCCCCGCGCGGCUAAGAACAGGAGGGCGAUGAGUGACAGCGCCGACGGCGGCGGCGGAGCCGACCGCGCUCAGAACUCCGAUCACCUACGUCUUCAAUACGAAGCAUCGCGGGUUUCAGAUGUCGCUCGCGAGCUCCAGGAUUCGGCUUCGGAACUCAUAUCCCGCACCUGGAACGAGGAGCAAUCCCUCCGCCAGCGCGCCCUUGCCCUUGAAUCCGACCUCCGUCGACUCCAAUCCUCUCUCUGCACCGCCUCCAAAUCGCCCUUCUUCGACCACAAAUUAACGGAGAAGGUGGUAGAGGAGAUCUACAAGGCGAAAUGCCUGCUUAGCGAUGGAGAUGCGGCGUUCCUUCUUCCUAGCAAGGAUCACGGUCGUUUCUUGAACUUAUUCCUUGGGCCUAUAAACGUUCGCGCGAGGCGGAAAGAGGUGCGGCUGAAGGUCAAAGAGGAGUACAACAGCUACAGGGAUAGAACGGCAUUUCUGUUCCUUCUAUUUCCGUCCCUGUUGAUUUUCUUAAGGUCUUGGAUGUGGGAUGGAUGCUUUCCAGCAUUGCCUGUUCAGCUAUAUCAGGCUUGGCUCUUAUUUCUCUACACCAGUUUAGCUUUGCGGGAAAAUAUAUUGAGAGUUAAUGGAAGCGACAUUCGUCCCUGGUGGGUAUAUCAUCACUAUUGUGCCAUGUUGAUGGCUCUUGUUAGUCUCACUUGGGAGAUAAAAGGGAAUCCUAACUGUGCCAAUAAGCAGAAAGGGGUGCAACUAUUUUUGGUAUGGGCUAUCAUGCAAGGUUUUGCCAUGCUCCUUCAAAAUAGAUAUCAACGUCAACGAUUAUAUACUCGCAUAGCUUUGGGAAAGGCAAAGAGAAUGGAUGUAGUCUGGGGAGAAACUGCUGGUGUUGAAGGUCAAUUGUGGCUUUUAUACCCUAUACUCUUCAUCUUGCAGGGCUUUGAAGCUUAUGUCGGAAUGCUCCUACUCCGCACCGCUUUUGUCGGCGUAAUUUCCGAGUGGCAGGUUGUGGUUUGUGGGGCUCUUCUUGUCCUAAUGGCAGUGGGCAAUUUCGCCAACACAGUUGAGACUCUCUUGGCAAAAUCAAGAUUCAAAGCCAUGAAGAGGAGUAAGAGCAAAAGUGAUCUUGAUCAGUUGCCUUCACCCACAUAUUUGAGAUAAGAAAAAAAAAAAAAUUGAGAAAUUUGUUUUUGGUCCUGCUAAGUUAAUAUUUAUAAAUUGAGUAUUGAUUAUUAUUAUGUCCAUCUUAUAAUUAAAAUCAACCCUGUAAAAUAUUAUUUGAUUUAGCUACAUGUGUCUUUUUGUAA